AUGGAAUCUAAUAAUUAUGUAGAAGAGACAAAGAAACAACUACGUCAAAUCAAUGAUUAUGUUGUAUUCUACACUGAACUCGAAUCUUGCAUUGCAUUCAUUGAAUUGAUUCAUGAUGAAAAAAUCUUACUUAUCAUUUCGAUUUCGGAUUCAAUAAAAAUCUUACCUCAUAUUGAAGGUUUAUCUCAAAUUGACAGUAUCUUUGUCUUCAAUUGGGAAAAACUUGGUCAUGAACAUUUAGUUGUUAAACAUUCAAAACUAAUUGGCAUCCAUAAUGAUCUCGAUUUGUUGUGUUUUUCCAUCGAAGAACAAAUCGAUUUUCUUGAAAGACAUUUACAAACAUUUAGCUUCUUCGAUCAAGAUGAAUACUUGACAAAAGAUCUAUCAAAACAAACCGCUGAUCUUCUUUGGUUUCAACUUUAUCAUGAUAUUCUCUUUGAGUUAAUACACGAUGAAGAAGCUAAACAAGAAAUGAUCGAUGCAUGUCGUUCCUACUAUCGAGACAAUAUCAAAGAAUUAAACACGAUUAAGAAGUUUGAAAAUAAAUAUCGAUCAGAGGAAGCACUUCGAUGGUAUUUGAAAAAAUCAUUUCUCUCCAAAAUCAUUAAUAAAGCACUGAAAAUCAAAGAUUUCGAUCAGCUCUACACAUUUCGAUAUUUUAUGAAAGAUCUAACGGAAUGUCUCGUUAGAGAACAUCAAAAACUGAUUCAAUCUGGUAAAGAAAAAUUAAUUGUCUAUCGAGGAAUGAAGUUGCCACGAGAUCAAAUCGAAAAAUUGAAAGAAAGCGAAGGUCAAUUGUUUUCAAUCAAUGGUAUUUUCACAACAAGUAGUCUUCGUUCAACUGCAUUGAAUCAAAUGAUGACACAUUCGAAACAAACUAAUCUUUGUUCUGUUCUCUUAGAAAUUCAAUGCGAUAUGAAAGAUCUGAGCAACAAUGUCAUUAUUGCUGAUCUAUGUGAAGAAGAACAAGAAACUCUGUUCAAUUCAAAUAUCACUUUUCGAUUGGAGAGUAUGAGAAUGGAGGAAGAAAUUUGCUUGAUUCAAAUGACUGUUUCGAAUGAAGGUCAAAUUAUUAAAGAAAAAUACAUUAAAGACUCUCGUCGUCAAAUAAAAGAUCUCAGUAUUAAUAUUCUCUUUGGACGAUUGAUGUGUGAUAUGGGUCUAUGGAAUCAAUCACAACAUUUCUUAGAACGUUUAUUGAACAGCACGAAUAGCAAUAAUGAAGAUCUUGCAAAGAUUGAAUAUAGUCUUGGUGAUGUGCAUCAGUGGAAAGGAGAAUGGAAAGAAGCACGAAAAUAUUACGAUUGGGCUCAUGAUAGAAUAAAAAAUAUCAAACCACUACGGAUCCAAGAUUCCGUUUAUAUACUCUUUAAUAUUGGUGAGAUUCUCUAUCUAGAAGGAAAGCAUGGUGAAGCUCGUGAUUAUUAUGAAAGAGCAUUGACUAUUCUGAAAACAAAUUAUUCUUCUAUCACGGUCGAUACACCUUCUUCAUUAAAUCAUCAACUCAACGGUGUACUGAGUCGUGUUCCCUCAUCGUUCUUGCCGAUUUUAUCGAGUUUGGGUGGAUUCUUUCAAUCUUGCUUCAGAUGGUUUUGCGCUGGAAAAAUUCUCGAAAUUAUUUAUUGGUUCCGUCCAAAAUAUGCAGCAAACCGAAUCGAACUUGUUGACAAACAGUCAAGUCAAACUCAGCUACAAGAAAUAUGCCGACACAUACGAGAAGUAGAUUGGUUACAAACGAGAGAAGCUAAUGCAGAGGAUAAUUUGCUUAUUGCUACUAUUCUCCACAGUUUUGGCCAGAUCUUUGACCGACAAGAAAGACAUGAACAAGCACUUUGCUAUCAUCAACAAGCACUGACAAUGUUCGAGAAAUAUUAUCGAUUUCCUCAUAUCGAUAUUGCUGUUAGUCUUUACUAUGUUGGUGCAAUUUUUAAAUGUCAAAAAAAAUAUGAUCAAGCGCUUGAUUUCUAUCAACGAGCAAUGUCAAUCUAUAGUAGAUAUUAUCCAAAUGGUCAUGUAUACAUUGCUUUGACCCUCAGCGACAUCGGUCACAUUUUAUACCUUCAAGGUAAGCAUGAUAAAUCUCUAAAGAUUUUUGAACAAGUAUUACCAAUGCUACAAAAAUAUUAUCCAUCGGGUCAUAUCAAUACAGUUGGUAGUCUUUGCGGGAUAGGAAAUGUUCACUAUGGACAAGGAAAAUAUGAUAAAGCUCUAAUAUGUCAUGAACAAGUGUUGGAAAUUUUACAGAAAUAUUAUUUUUCGGGUCAUGACGACAUUAUUGGUACUCUAAACAAUAUUGGUUAUAUAAAAAGGGAGCAAGGAAACUAUGAUGAAGCUCUCGAUUUUCACCGACGAGCAUUGGAAAUGCAAGAGAAAUAUUACCCAUCUUAUUAUGCUAGCAUUGCUACCACUCUCAACAACAUUUCUAAUGUACUACUUUGUCAAUUAAAAUAUGAUGAAGCUCUAGGCUAUUGUCAACGAGCGUUAACGAUGCAAGACAGCUAUUAUCCUUCGGGUCAUGUUUCUAUGGCUUCGAGUCUCGGUAACAUUGGUAACAUUCUAUAUGAACAAGAAAAAUAUAAUGACGCUUUGGAUUUUCAUCAACGAGCACUCACUACUAUCGAAAAACAUACACCAUCUGAUUAUUCUUCUAUUGCUUUUUACAUGAACAACAUCGGAAUUAUAUUAUGCAAGCAAGAAAAGCAUGAUGAAGCUCUUGACUAUCAUCGACGAGCACUCGACAUGCAAGAAAAAUAUUGUUCAUCGAACCAAAGUGAUAUUGCUAACAAUUUCAAUUACAUUGGUAAUGUUCUUAUUGCACAGGAGAAAUACGAUGAAGCCUUGAAGUCAUAUCAACGUACACUUGAAAUACAAAAGAACUAUUAUCCAAACGAUCAUAUGAACAUGACGAUGACCCUAAAUAAUAUUGGCAAAACAUUUCAAAAACAACAAAAAAUCGAUGAAGCAAUUGAAUACUAUCAAAAAGCAUUAGAAAUUCAAAAUAAAUAUUAUCCAUCAGGUAGUAUCGUCAUAGCUAAUACCAUCAAUCGUAUCGGUCAUUUUCUGUACAAUGGACAGAAAUAUGAUGCAGCAAUUUACUAUUAUCGACGUGCACUUUCGAUGCAAGAAAAUCUCUAUCCUGAUGAUUAUAUUGAAAUUUCUCAUACUCUCAGCUUCAUUGGUAACACUCUAUAUGAACAAAAAAAGUACGAUGAAGCUCUUCAAGUUCAUCAUAAAGCAUUGGCUAUUCAACAAAAACAUCAUGAAUUUCCAUAUGUCGACAUUGCGAAUACUCUGAGUCGUAUUGGUGAUAUUCUAGAUUGGCAAAAAAAAUAUGAUGAAGCUAUUGAAUUCUAUCAAAGAGCAUUAACAGUUCGAGAGAAAUUCGAUGCAACUAAUCAUGUUGGUAUUGUUAAUUGUAUGAAAAAUAUUGCCAACAUCCUAACCGAUCAAGAAAAGUACAAAGAAGCAAUUGAGUUUCAACAAAGAGCAUUGAUAAUUCAAGAAGAAAAAUAUUCGUCUUGUCAUGAGGAAAUUGCAACAAGUCUGAUUCAUAUUGGUAACAUUCAUUUUGAUCAUAGAAAAUACAAUUUAGCCGUCGACCAUUAUAGACGAGCUUUAGUCAUUCUUGAAAAGUGUUAUCCAUCGGGUCAUGUUGAUAUUGGUAAGUGCCAGGCAUGUCUUGGUAUCACGCUAUAUAAGCAAGCAAAAUAUGAUGAAGCUUUCGAUUUCUGUCAACGAGCCAUAACAAUCUAUGAGCAAUAUUAUCCAUCUGGUCAUGUAAAUCUUGCAAAUUGUCAAGGUUCCAUUGGUAAUAUAUUGAGCGAUCAAGGAAAAUAUGAUGAAGCUCUUGAUUUUUAUCACCGAGCACUGACAUUUUACAAGAAAGAUCCAUUGAAUCAUUCGAAUACAAUUACUUGUCUGAACAAUAUAGCUAGGACUUUAAAAGAUCAAGGACAAUAUGAUGAGGCUGUCGAUUUUCAACAGCAAGCAUUGACAAUGCUUAAAAGUGACACACCUAAUGAUCAGUUCAAAAUCGCUAUCAAUCUCAAAGAAAUCGCUGUUACACUAUUUCAGCAAACAAAAUAUGAUGAAUCUCUCGACUUUUGUCAACAAGCAUUAAUCAUACUAGAAGAAUAUUGUCCCAAUGAUCAUAUUGAAAUUAGUAUUUGCCUAUCGUGGAUCGUUGCUAACCUGAAUAGAAUGUUCCAGUUCGAUCUUGCUAUUGAAUAUUUGGAACGAUGGUUAUUAAUUGAAGAGGCCAGUUUACCUUCAAAAGAUCUCUCUAUCACUAACGUAUUUACUUGGUUCUCACAGGUACAAAAACGUAGGGGCCAAUAUGAACUAGCUCUUAUAUAUGAACAGAAUUGUUUCUUAAUGCGUCUCAAAAUUUUACCGCCAGAUCAUGUACAUAUUGGCAAUAGUUUAUCCGCCAUGGGUGAGAUUUACGAAGAUCUUCAUAACUCUACGUUGGCACUUGAUUACUAUCAACAAGCAUUAGUUAUUUACAGAAAAUGUUUGCCCUCCUGGCACAGUAGUGUAUGGAGGACGCAAUUGAAUAUUGAACGGCUCUCGGAAGAACUUGGAAUAGAACUUGAUUGA